AUGAGCCAGAACGACACUACAACCUUUCUUCAGCCUCCCGAGCGCCAUGACCGCAGUUCUCGACAGUCAAAAGACCGCCACAUCAGUCUCCGUGGUCGGUCUCAUGUCACACUUACGGGUGACCGGGGAGUCGACCUCGCCCGAACUCACCGUGCCGAAGACCUGGCUCGAAAUUGGUCACCUAAACGCAAACGCAUUGUAUCUGCAGUUGCAUGCAUCUCUACUGCGCUGAUUGGCAUUCUCACAGGCCUCUAUGCUGGCCUCGUUCCAUCCAUCCAGUACUACAUCGCCGAUCUUGACCACCAUGUGAUUCUCGGCAACGUGGUCUUCUUCAUUGCCCUCGCGGUUCCAUGCCUCUUAUGCUGGCCUCUACCACUAAUGCACGGGCGAAAACCGUACAUCCUCGGAGGUUUGACUCUUGCCAUGCCGCUUCUCUUCCCACAGGCCAUUGCUGUCUCAGAGCCCAGAAGCCCAUCUACAAGCAGCUGGCGCUGGUGGUUGCUCGGAUCCCGAGCCUUGAUGGGACUGGUUCUGGGAUUCGCGAGCAUGAACUUUCACUCGAUACUAACCGACGUGUACGGUGCAUCUUUGAUGAGCGCCAGACCACAUCAAGAGACGGUUUCGGAGGAUGAUGUUCGAAGACAUGGUGGCGGACCGGGUGUGUGGCUGGGAAUCUGGACGUGGUGCUGGAUGGGUUCACUUGCCAUUGGGUUCCUUCUGGGUGCAGUAAUCAUCGAUAAUACCAACCCUUCGUUGGGCUUCUAUCUUGGCAUCAUAAUGAUCUCGGCCGUUUUGUUCCUCAACAUUAUGGCACCAGAGACAAGGCCGUCGCCAUUUCGAAGGUCUGUGGCACAGGUCCGUUCAGGAACUCAAAUAUGGCAACGGAUAGGUCGAGGCGAGGUCAAGCUUCAUCGCACACAGUCUGGACCCAAAUGGUGGGGACAAGAGGCGUACCAUGGCCUGAAACUCUCUCUGGAAAUGAUCAGGCAGCCAGGUUUCGCCAUUCUAGCACUCUACUCGGCUUGGAUCUACGCUCAGUUCGUCCUCAUCAUUUUGUUACUCGGAUCUUUGACGUCAAAAUACUACCGCAUGAGAGCUUCUUUGCGCCGCCUUGUCUUUGCCAUGCUGCUGCCUCUGGUUGGGGUGGCAUACACGCUGUCAUCAAGCGGCAGGCCCACACCUGUUGUCAUUCCGGUGGUCUUUGCCGCCAUCUUUGGGUUUCUGUCCUGCCUUGCAAUAUCGGAAUGUAACGGCCUAAUCAUGGAGACGUUUGAUUGUUCCGACCUCCAACCAGGCAUGACAGGCCCACAGUCUUCCAACUACUCCUCCUUUCCUCGAGUUUCAGCAGGCUUUGGCGCUGUGCAUAGCCUAGGGUACAUUCUAGCCGCCGGAUCGACCGGCCUCGGAGGGAUGCUGCAGCGCAAUAUGGGCCAGCGCAUUGCGACAGGAACCAUGGCUGCCAUUCUGGCGUUCCUGACACUCCUCCUCUCUUCAGCUCUCUUCCGCUUCAAACAGGUGCAGAUCGUACCCAAGAUGGCUGAGGAAGAACUCCGCAAGCUCGCAGCGGUUCAGGAGAUGUGCAGCCGGCGCCCGUCGUCCGCCAGCACAGAGCAGGCGGCAAGAGCCUGCCGGGACGCCGAGAGCCUGAGGCGUGCUUUGUUGGUCGGGCAUCCCACCGGGGUCCAUCGCUGGGUCAGUCUACUCGAGCUUGGCGCAAUGACACGCUGGACUGAGAUCAGGCGCAAGAACAGACUCAUCGACGAGCGUAUCAAGCACCUUAAUCGCGCUGCCCUCUGGGAGCGUACUGCUCUCUACUAUCAACUGGCCAACGAGAUUGGCGGUGAGGGUGGCACCAGGCCGGAUAAGCCCCUACCACCCUUGCCUUUAGGGGUGAAGCUGGAGGGCGACACUGGUCGUAGGAGGCGAGGGGAUACCGGGGCUCCUGAUGAUAUCGAGCUGGUGGAUAUGGCGUCCCGGGCGCAUGGGAGUCACGAAAGGCUUAUUGUCUAG